AUGAUGGCCGAAGAUGCUGUAGCACAGCUCUUACGCGUACAUUUGGGACUAGUAAACAGUACAGAUUUGCCUGAUGAUGCAGUGCGUGAUUUUCGUGACCUUUAUCGUCUCCCAUUACGUUCAUUCGAUGAUAAGUGUGCGCUUAUGAACGCUGCUGAGGCCACAGGGUGCUCGGCUGUGAUUCUAGACGUGCUACUUUUUGUGUCCGAGACAAUGACGCCAGUUUUGUUCCGUAAACAAUUAGCAGCGCUGCCUUUAUCACUUGGACAAUGGGUUCACUAUUUAGUCGAGCAGUGUAUGGUCACACACGAGACAGUUUCGUUAAGUGCAUUACGUGGACUUUUGGAACUUUAUGCAGCAACACAAAGAUACCGUGAACUUGCAGCCAUGCUACUCUCUUUAGUCUUUCAUGAUCGAGAGCUCAUUCGAUCACUUCGAGUGACAGACGAUGUCCUUGAUAUUGCCAAAUUCUAUCGUCAUCGACUUCCCGUGUGGAUUCUUGACUUAGUUCACGAGUACGUGACGCUCUCGAAGCUACAAAUUCAAACAGAGAACGAAGAUGCAAAUAUUGCACCCGAAAUUUGUACGAUGGCAGCAAAAUUGGACAAACGAGCACGAGGAGUCGGUAAUUUACAAGCCAAUUGGAGGAUGCGGUACGUCCAAUUACGUGAGAGAGAAAUAGUCUAUUUCAAACACGAAAUGGGCAAACAUGACAAAUCAAAGAACCCGUUUCACGACAAAAGCGGCAAAAGUAACCAAAAAGGCAAACUUGCACUUGCAAAAGGGAUGCGAAUUGAACCUCUCGAUUACCGUGGUAAAUUUUCCCUACGCCCUUUUUGUGUCAAAAUCUCUGACGCUGCUGGAAACGAAGAGCUGAUUCUAGAUGCGUUUUCACCUGAAAUGCAGCGACAAUGGAUAGCUGCGAUUACUGCCAACGUUAAGCGUCUAGCACUUGACCCACAAUGGCUUGCAUUUCCUCGCAAGUGUGUGCAUCGCAUGACAGUCAGUGAAUUUUUACGGUACUCAAUGCUCUAUCAUGGAGAUGCCGCAAAGUCACAUACCCGCCACAGUUUGUGUCAACCCGAAUUACUUCGGCAACAAUUUCAAAUUGAGUCAAAACGAUUUCUUUUUUUGGCUCUUGUCACAUGUGCACUUGUACGUGAUUGGCAGAAAAUGGAGGCACUUGUGCAGCCUCGAAGUGCUAAAUCGACCAUCACUUCGCUUUUCGCAAGUGGCAAUAGUGCCAAUAGUGGCAAUAGUGGCAAAGUGGCAACUGUAACAUCGUCACCUUGGAGUUCAACUCCAGCUCCAGCCCCAUCACGAUACUCGACUUGGUCCAAUAAUACCAACAAUAGUCAAAUGACUCCCCCUUCAACCGCUACUGUCCCCUCAUUUAGCAACUCAGAAGCUCACGAAAUGGUAGAUGCAAGUGCUAUUGGUUAUGGAGCAAUUCUCGAUAUUGCUGAGCACCAAGAAGCACCACCAAAGCUGUUAAUGUUGCUUGAAUCGUUGCAUCAAAAGCAAGGCUCAAAUGGCUGGACUUGUCGUCGAGAUGUAGACGCUACCGAUGCUGCAUCAAUGAAAAUCAUCAUUGCAAUUCCAGAAAGUGUACGUGUCGACACAAGCUGGGAGUGA